CUUAUGUCCACUACUCAGUUGGAUGAAGAAGGUCGGGAAGGGAUAAAGCUAUAUAUAUUGAGGGUGACUUGAACAAUACUUGAGUUUGUCCAGAUCAUUCAGAAGGAGUUUUAAGAUAACAAAGUUGGUGUAAACAAAUUUCCAUCUCGGCAAAAUUUAUUUUCGCUGAUAAAUAAAAUAUCUUAUCCUGUAAACUUUCGCUUUGAUCAAGAAUGCAACCGUUGAUCACUGUUCCUUUUUUAUGCCUGUUUAUAGGGUUCGAUUAUACAGUUUCUCUAGAAUCCGAAACGGAGGAUGAUAAUUGCGAAAUGAUGAUGAAAAAAAUUGAUUCUGAUGACAAAGCAGCUAUUACCGAUAAUACACCAUCUAGACUGCAUUCGACGUGGAUAUCCCACGAAUGUGAAAUACGAGCUGGUCCAAAAUAUGUCAUAAGGAAGUAUAAUUUUUUUAAGAACGACUCGUUUCUUCUAUUACAAUAUCAUUACGACGAAGAGUCAUGCAGUAUCGCAACGUAUACUGUCGUAGCACGCGGUUCCGUUAAAAUUUUAUCCCCAUCUGUCGCAAUUCCUGGUGCUACGGAAACUAGCGUACAAUUGGAUUCGGUUUACUUGAUACCGCUUAAUAGACAGGUUGCUCAUAAAUUUGGACGUAUUAUGAACGCAAGUUGCGGCGGUACCGAAACAAAGUGGCGUCCUUAUCUAGCGCAACUCAUUUACGAACGAUCCAUGAAUUUUUCAUCACCCACAGACUUAAAUAUGUACGAUUUGAAUUAUAAUUCUCUUCAAAGUCGUCUAUUACGACCGAAGAAACAGCAUACGAUGAAUUGUUUGGAAUCCUUCGAAAUCGAUUUCUCGGAAUUAAAUGUACUGCGAGUUGAAAUAAAAAGACCUAAUAUUGUUACGAAGAGUGAAGCGAUCGGUAAAAGUAAGAUGCGUGAAAGGAUCGAACUAUUACUUGGUGGACUCGCUCGAAAUGCCCGUUCUCAGAAAACACAACAAAAGCCGAAACGUUUGCAAUCUACAUCCUUGCUACGCGCCGAUACGGCUACUGACUGUCCGAUUUGUGGAAGUGUAUAUCGCGCCACGGAGUACAGUCCACCUUUAUUUCAUCAAGCACCACCACUUCCAGCAGUGAUCGGCGGUCUUUGGUUAAGCGUUAGAUGUGAAAGCAUCGAUGGAGGAUUUUGGUCUAAGAGAUUCUUUCGGAUUUAUUCCGAUAAUAGCAGAUGGUUCGCACGUUGGAAUUAUUAUGGUGAUUCUGCGUGUUCCAAUUCGUUGUAUUCGAUUAACGCGGCUGGAACUUAUGUUCAACGUGCUGUUCGACAAAGACGUGAUGUUAAAAAUUCAAACAUAAAGACACUCAAUACGGAAGAUUCGGAAAGAGUUCAGAAAAAUCUAAAGUUGAACGUUUAUCGUCAUUUAUUCCAAGAUACAGAAGAAUUGAACAUAUUGGAAUCAAAACGAAGGCAAAAGACGAAGAUUCAGAAACAGGAAUCCACUGUUGAUGCUUUUGAGAUCCAGAAAGAUAAUGCCUUACCUUCUGGAACGACUGAAUUAGAAUUACGAAUUCUCGAAAGUUUAUUAAUACCCCUUAGCAAUAUGGUAUCGACCAGUUGCGAGGGAACCACGAAAGAACUUAAACGUAUAAGAAACGAAGCGGGUAUAUGGUCAAAAAAUUGCAUGUUCCGAACGGGUUUUGAAGCUCCUGCAACUUUGAAAUUUAAAGCAAGAAUUGGUCUCGAUUGGAGAGGGGAUUACACUCUGCUUUUAGCAUCAUGGAAGGACGAUCUUUGGGAAGCUCCUCUUCGUCAGUGUUCCGAACUACCUUCGCGAGACCAUUUUCGAGAAUCCAGGCCUUUGCCUCUUUUUCGAAGAGGAAAUAGGUACAACCGAUUCAGUCGAUAUACGAGGAACUGGUUUCUUUCUUCAUCUGCUACGUGUCUUUCAACAAAUUCCUUGCUCAUACACUCCACAGUUUUACUUCUUUUAUAUCGGUUACAUUUCGUUUACUGACGAUAAAAUUCAAAUUAUUUUCUUCCAAAGAUCUUUAAUCAUAAGAAUAGAAAACAGAACAGGGUAUAUUUUGUAAUUAAGAAAAAGAUUGCGUAUAAGUAAUACGUAGACGGAUGGUGAAACGAGAAAUGGCAAUAUAUCGUAUACUUUCAUGCUUUAAAUUUUGAACGAAUUUUGAAACAUUUGAUAUUGAUAGUCGAUAGUCUCGA